UCAACGGACUUACACCCGAUCAAGCUAAGUCCAGACGUGUCGAGCAUCCCACAAAAGUUUGACGCCCGUACUGAGCCCAGAUGGCAGGGUCGUAUAGGUGGUGUGGCUGACCAGGGCUGGUGUGGUGCCUCAUGGGCAUUCUCCACCAUGGGAGUCAUCCAGGACAGAAUCUCCAUCGUGGCCAAGGGGUUGGCGAACAUCCAGCUGUCUGCACAGAACCUGCUGAGCUGUGCCAAGUUGGGUCAGAAUGGUUGUGACGGGGGUUACAUCGACCGUGCCUGGCACUACCUCAGACGUGUUGGAGUGGUACUGGAGGAGUGUUACCAGUAUGAGAGCGGCGCCUCGGGGAAGGUGCCGAAGUGUCGCAUCCAUGGCAAAGAUACCUCCAACCUUGAGUGUGAGCACAAGUACCAGUACAAGAGUGAGCCAGCGUACCGCAUCUCCAGCAAGGAGGAGGACAUCCAGUGGGAGAUACUCACUAAUGGACCAGUACAAGCCAUGAUGGAAGUACACAGUGACUUGUUCAUGUACAAGAGUGGAGUGUACUCUUACUCUGGACUCGCUGGGCAGGAGACGGCCUCACACUCAGUCAAAAUCAUCGGCUGGGGAGAAGUCGCUCUGCCGGACAUGGAACCUGUCAAAUACUGGGUGGUGAGCAAUUCGUGGGGUACAGAGUGGGGCGAGCGAGGUCACUUCAGGAUCAGACGAGGCAUCAAUGAGUUGGGCAUCGAGUCUUUCAUCAUCGCAGUGAGACCUCGUCUGGCUAACUAUGUAUAUGGUGGCACUGAGGCAGACAUAAGAACAUAAGAAAGAAAGGAGGAACACUGCAGCAGGCCUGUAGGCCCAUGCAGACGGUGCCAGGGAAGGCCGAGACAACUGAGGUGCCAUACUGAGGUCUCCCAGCUCAGGCUGACACAUUACAACAUCGUAUCUUGUAUUAAGCAAUAUAAUAGGGGAAAACAGCUUUUGUUCCCACUUAAUAACUAUCAUAUAGAAUAGGAUAGCAAUAUACUGCUGAUGUAUCAGUUUUAGGUAAAUAAAAGUACCUAUUGUGAGAGCAGAAAACGUGCCAUAGUUUGUAUGUCAAGUGCUGAAGAUAAAAUUGAAAACGAAACUCGACUUAUAUUUGAGAGAGUUUUAAAGGGGCGGUAGAGCUAAACAAGGUUAUUGUUAUAUUGAUGGAGAAGCGCUAGAACCUUAGGGGUCAUUACAGUGCCUGGAAAUUGAGAGAUAAUCAGGUUUCAUAAAAAGAGAGAGAGUAAAUCCAACCCUUCGAUCAUGAGUCCUUAACCAGUAUCACCAUUACUCACUUUUUGUGUUCAUUACAAGUGUCUGCACUCCAGAUUACUCUUGUAAUAAUAAUAAUAAUAAUAUCUUUAUUUACAAGUACAUGUAUAAGGUAUACAGACCAUAGCUGACAUCAGUGACAUACUACUAUAUAGAAAGCCACUUGUUAUGCUGAGCAUUUCGGGCAAAUUAGGUCAGUUUUGUCCCAGGAUGCGACCCACACCAGUCCAUUAACACCCAGGUACCCAUUUUACUGAUGAGUGAACAUGGACAGUAGAUGCCCCGUGGCCUGGUGGUUUUAAAACUCUCGUUUCACACGGUAAGGUGUCCGGGUUCGAUUCCCGGCGAGUGUAGAAACAUUGGGCGUGUUUCCUUACACCUGUUGUCUAUGCUCACCCAUCAGUACAAUGGGUACCUGAGUGUUAGUUAACUGGUGUGGGUCGCAUCCUGGGACAAUACUGACCUAAUUUGCGGGAAAUGCUCAGCAUAACAAGCGGCUUUCUAUAUAGUAGUAUGUCAGCUAUUGUCUGUAUACCUUGUACGUGUACAAAUAGAGAGAGUAUAGUAUAGUAUAGUAUAGUAUAGUAUAGUAUAGUAGGUGUCUCAAGGAAACACGUCCUGAUGUUUUCCAGCCGUACCGGGGAUUCGAUCUCUGGACUCAGUCGACAGUAUUGAAUGUUCCUGUCAUGAGCAAAUCACUUCAUUAUUGAUGAUAAAAUAUCUGAAAUCUUGAGACUGUAUCCACAUGUUUGAUGAGACUGUAUCCACAUGUUUGAUGAGACUGUAUCCACAUGUUUGAUGAGACUGUAACCCGGAAAAUGACGAGUGUUUGUAUUGGCUACGAUAAGACAUUUAUUCUCUCAUUGUAAUUUUUCUAAUGUUUUUUUUUUUUGCACUACCGCUCACAGGACGAGCACAAUAAACUAGUCGCUUAGGCGGCAAAAAAAAGAAUAAAAGAAAUUGCUAA